UAUCAGGCAUACAACAAUGACGACUGGUCCUAGGCUGAAUGGGGCAGUCUCAGUUUAGUCGUUGUCAUCGUAACAUCUAACGUCCCUCAGCUGUAAAAUUCUCAACACCAGAGCCAAGAUGUGUGGCGGCUGGGCCUGUGCCUCGUACGAUCUGGCAUGCAACAAUCCCCCUCUGAGCACUCUGCGCUUCACCGGCAGAGACUUUGUGCCCACACCUUGCGGACCCUGCGACAAGUGCUGGGUGUGUGACACCAGUCGCAAGAACUCCAACAACUGCUAUGUGCCACACAUCAUAGCGCCUCCCUGUCCGCCAGAGCACGGAGGACCGGCAAAGGACAAUAAAGUAUCCGAAUGCAACUGACGGACUCAAGACAAAAUAGAUUUACGUAUCCAUAGCCCAAAUACUAUCAAAUAAAAUUCAGAGUACA